AUGUCAACGAUAAGCGUUGACAAUAUUUCAAUCAUAGUUAAUACUGUAAAGCUAUAUUACGAUUCUGAGCAAACUUGUCAAGCUACUACAACUGCUACUACAUUAGGAAUUUUGGCUAAAUGGUUAGAAACAACAAGAAACAUUUCUGUUACCACUGAUAAUCUAUAUAAUAUUCUGCAAGUUCAUUCGGAGGAAUUCAUGUUGGGUAAAGCUGCUGAUAAUGAAACUAUAUCAGUGGCAAAAAUUUAUUUAGAUAAACAUUUGGUUGAUUCUACUUUUGAAUUAGAGAAACAUCUAAAGAAUGUUGGUGUCCUGGAUGCAUCAAGAAAUUUCAAUGAUUUUUUAAACGAACAUGAAGAUACUUUUUCUGUUUACAAACAACGAGGCGUUAACUGUGUUCAGCUCAAAAAUCCCAAAAGAAAUUUCGUCAAUAAUAAAAGUAUUAAGACAAUGAUUGAUGUUAGACAGGAACAAACUGAAAAAUAUAUUAGAGAUUACAUUCAACAAAACGGCACAUCAGAUAAUCACGUCAUGUGCACUGAACUGGUUAUAUACCUUAGGGGCAUCAAAGGAACAAUCACCUACGACUUUAAAGAUUUUCUCAAAAGCUGUUCUGAUUCAUUUGAAUAUUAUGAAAGUGACGGCACCUUUUAUAUAAAAAAUAAAUCGAAAGCAUCUUCACAACUAGUCAACCCAAAUGUUUAUCAUAGUCAAUACAGAUCAAGCAGUCCUUUUGUCUCCAGAUUAAUUCGUGAUUUGAUUGUGAAAGAAUACAUAGUCACCUACACAGAACUCGAAGAAUAUGUAAAGAAGUAUUCGCAGCUACCACAAACAAAUCUAAAAGAAUUAUUAUACUGCAAUGAUAAAGAGUUCAACAUAUCACAAAUUUCUGGUGAGACUUAUAUAACCCUUAAAGCUACUGACAGAAACAUAUUAUUUCAUAUUCGUAGAUUCCUUUUGGAACACGGAAGAGCAAGAUUGUCACUGGUUGAUGACUAUUUGAAACGUAUGGAUCUUUCACCAAAAGUCGAACUAACAGAAUUCAUGCCAAUAUAUUCAGACUUCAAAUUCGAUUAUGAGUCUGAAGUUCCAUUUGUCAAAUCACAAGAAGUUGAAAUCAUUAGAGAAAUUCGUGAGCUGUUUAGUAGUAGUAAAAAUGUUGAUGAUAAAAAAGAGCUUAAACUCACAGUUAUUACAGAUCACCUUCAUAAGAAAAAGAUGUUACCAAACAGUAGACUGUUGAAUCUUUUAGAAACCUAUACAGAAUUUGAUUUCUAUCGAAGUCCAGUUGACAUUGUUGUGAUACAUAAUCCAAAUAAUUCUAUUCCUGAUCUAAAAUCUUUCAUUAAUAAAAUGAUAACAUUUAAAAAUGGAAAAAUUUCAUUGUCGAAAUUGAAUAGUAUUUUGAAUUGGAAAGGGGAUUAUUCAGAAAAUAGAUUGUCUGACUUUAUUGAUCAAAGUGACGAUUUUGCACAUUCUAAAAUAAAACCCAAUGAUCAACAAAAUAGGAAUUAUAGUUAUAAUUCAAACACAGAGAAAAUUAAACCUAAAACGGUACAAUCAGCAUCAACAACACCUACAUUAGAAUUGUCGUUGUCAUCAUCGUUACAAGUAUCAAAUUCAGUAACAUCAUCAAAUGUGGCAGAAAACUAUCAAACCAAUUUUUUUAAUCAUAAUAACAAUAAUCCAGAGGAUGCUGCUACUACUAAUAUUUCUAAAUCUGAAACACAACCGCCAUCACUGCCAUCAACAACAACAACUUCAUCUUCUACUAUUAAAAUUCUAACAAAUGAUUCCUUAAAUUCAACCACCAAAACCAUUAAUAAUAAUAACACCACAUACACCAAUGGAAUUAAUGGUACUACUACUUACACAAAUGGUACUCUCACUAACGGCGCUACUACCAAUUGUGAAAUACUUUGUGAACACUUAAAAAACCAAGAAAAACAAUUGUUUUCCAGUUUUAAAACAGUUGAAUCGUGGAAAGAUUAUUUUGAGAAAUAUAAAGGAACAACUGAAAAAGAGGUUAAAGUACGAGACGAGGAGAUUAAAAGAAGUCAUCAAGAAAUUGAGUAUCUGAAAAAAAUUAUUGCUAGAUUGGAAAUAGAAAAUAACAAUUUGAAAAAUUACAAUGUAAUUGAUAUUUUAUUAAGAAAACUUUUGAUUCAAGGUCCUAGCCGUACUUUGUUUGAUUUCUAUCGAAAAAUUACUGGUGUUUUAUUGAAAGCGGCAAAGAAAGCUCCGGGAGCUGGAAACAAAAUACAAGCCGAACUUGAUAAAACUAUUAAAGAAUUAGAAGAAAAAAUUGCUCCUAAGAAACCGGGCGAACCCAGAUAUUUGUCAUUACCAGAUAUUGGAUUUGAUCCAAAGAAAUUAAAGCAAGAAUUAAAAAGGUAUCAGGAAAUGUCAUCACAUGUAAGAUGGAAGGAUGGGCGUGUGUCAGGAGCAAUAUAUCAUGGUGGACAAGAAUUGUCAAAGUUGACAUCUGAAGCAUAUUCAAUGUUUUCUGUUAGCAACCAAUUACACCCCGAUGUAUUUCCCGGAGUACGUAAAAUGGAUGCUGAAGUAGUCGCUAUGGUAUUAAACAUGUAUAAUGCACCACCAGAAGCAGCUGGUACAACCACAUCUGGAGGUACUGAAAGCAUAUUAAUGGCAUGUAAAGCUUAUAGAGAUUGGGCAAGAGAAGUAAAAGGAAUUACAAGCCCUGAAAUUGUUGUUCCGGAUACAAUUCAUGCAGCUUUUGAUAAAGCAGCUUCAUAUUUCAAUAUUAAACUUGUACACAUACCAAUUGAUCAUAUAACAUGUAGAGUAGAUAUUAAAGCACUUGGUAGAGCAAUCAAUAAAAAUACAAUAAUGAUUGCAGGAUCAGCACCAAAUUUUCCUCAUGGAAUUAUGGAUGACAUUCCUUCAUUAGCGUCAAUAGCAAAAAAAUAUGAUAUUGGAAUGCAUGUAGAUUGUUGUUUAGGAAGUUUUCUGGUGCCAUUUUUAGAAGAGGCAGGAUUUCCAGCUCAACCUUUUGAUUUUAGAAUCGAUGGAGUAACUUCGAUUUCAUGUGAUACUCACAAGUAUGGAUUUGCACCAAAAGGUUCUUCAGUAAUUAUGUAUCGAUCAAAGAAACUUCGUAAAUUUCAAUAUUUCUUUGCACCCGACUGGACGGGUGGGAUUUAUUGUUCGCCUUCAAUUGCAGCAUUGAUUGCGGGAUGUUGGGCUGCAUUGAUGAGUAUAGGUAAAUACGGUUAUAUCGAUGCAACUAAAAAAAUUGUAGGAUGUGCUAAAAAAAUUGAAGCUGGUAUACGUAAAUCAAAAGAUCUUUUCGUUUAUGGAAAACCACUUGUAUCAGUUGUAGCAUUUGGAUCUAAGACAUUGAACGUUUACGAGAUUAAUGAUCAAAUGUCAAAGAAAGGCUGGAAUCUUAACGCAUUACAAAAUCCACCAGCAGUACAUAUCGCUUGUACGCUAUUAACUGUACCUCACGCAGAACAAUUUUUAAAUGACCUUGAAGAUUCAAUCAACGAAAUUAAAUCUACCACGAAUAAUAAUAAAAAAUUAUCGGGAACUGCUGCCAUUUAUGGAAUGGCUGCUAGUUUGCCCGAUGGUUCAAUUGUUAAUGAGGUUGCUUGUGGUUUUUUGGAUGCUUUGUAUUCUGCUUAA